GUCACGUCCUGCCAUUAAUGAACACUUGUACUUUGUAAGUCUUUGUUUUAUCAUUGAUAUUAGCUUCAUUAUGGAAAGAAGACCAUGUUUGGAUUUUUAAAAAAAGACAUUGCUUUGGGUGAAAAUCUUCUGCAUCAAUUUUACAUUAAACUUCAACUUAUCUAAACUGAAAGGAAGAACGGAUGUAAUUUUUAAAUCUGUUUAAAUGUAUUAUAAGUGAUUUAAGUGAUACAAACAAGGAAACUGGUUAUUUCGCCAUGGAAGUAGCACAAAUGGAACAAGCAAGGUUUAUUUGUCUUAUUCUUUUUCUCGGGGUUUCGUAUGGAAAACAGAAUGGCAGUUCUCUAUGUCCAACAAAAAACAACCGAGAAAAAUGUUGUUCUGGAUACAGAAUGAUAAACAAAACCUGUACAGAGUGCAUUGGCUUUUUUGGAGAAGACUGCAUGUCCCCGUGUCCAUUGAAUUUUUAUGGUGUGAACUGUGAUUCGGAAUGCAACUGCACGGAGGGGGAAAAGUGUAAUCCAUAUGUUGGAUGUCUGCAUAUCACAUCAGAUAAUAGGAAUAAUACCGGGACUGAUCUGGAUUUUCCGAUACAUAACGAGAGCUGUACACUUCUUCUGAAGCUGGUGUUAAUCCUGGGCGGAUCUCAGAUUAUUCUCCUCGUCUUCUGUUUUUCAGUGCUUUUGUUGAAGUGGCUUCCACCACAAAAUACUAAACAAAAUACAGAAAGAAGGGAAAUUAGCAGCACCACACAACAAACAGAAAUACGAACAAACCAUUCACCUGUAGCUGAGAGAAGUUGGAACAAUAUUAAUACGCGUUUGGACUCAAGGGAGACAAAUGCAAAUGACCAUCAUUACGAUAGAGUUCACUUAACAGUGGAAGAGAAAUGUGGGAUGAAAUCGAAUCAUCGAAGUCUAGAUUCGAACACUUACUUCACACUGCAGCCGAUGCGGUAGAUUUCUCUGUUUUGAGAGAUGUGCUUUCAAAGUGGAUCGUCGACUAAAGAUUUAAUUUGUGAUCCUGAAAUUACAUUUUUUU